GUUCUGUGAAAGGGAUCCAUUUUAGAAACUUGUUUACAGAACACGUUUUGUGGUUUAUUUUCAUUAAUGUUUCACCCCCAUUGAAUUUAAAUUGCGGAUGAAAAUGAAUAAUAAUAUUGGAUUCAACAACAAAGCUUGGGGAAGAACUAAUUCUUCUCCCAACAUGAUGAAUCAAGGCUCUAUCCAACCACAACUGAUGAAUCAAGGCCCCUUGGGUAAUAUGGGAACGGGAAUGGUUCAGUUCCCAUCAAACCAGCAGGUUUUUCAAAACGCAAUGGGAUUACAACAACAGAAUCUGGGUUUGGGAUUGCAACAAAUGGCUAAUAAUGCAAUGAAUGCGGCCGCCUCUUUGAAUCCACAAAUUGCCAAUAAUCCGAUAUUUCAGCAAGUCAGUUACCCUAACACUAGAGGUCUGAACCCUACCGCAUUCCAGACAAAUUUGUCCCUCCCUAACUCCCAAAGCAACUCCGGAUCUGGCCCAAAACAAAGAGUAUUUACAGGAAAAGUAACCCAAGUGCAUGACAAUUUUGGGCUAGUAGAUGAAGAAGUAAUCUUUCAAACAUCGGUUUGUGUUAAAGGUUCUCAUCCUAUCGUCGGUGAUAGGGUAUUGGUCGAAGCAUCUCACACACCCAACAUGCACUUCAAGUGGAAUGCGACCCGUAUUCAAGUGUUGACGAUGUCAAAUUCUCGACAUUCGAAAAAUUAUGGGAACUCUAGUAAUAAUAACUACAAUUCAGUUCCUCCACCUGAUGUAAGAGGUGGUGGUAGAAAAGGUGGAAGGGUUAGGGAGCGCUCUCGAGAUAGAGACAGAGAUGAUGAUGAGUCUGAUAGGAAGAGAAGAAGGGAAGAGAGAAUGAGGGAAAGGGAAAAGGAAGAUAAGAAGUCUCCUGUGAGGAAGCGAACCCGUUCGAGAUCACGUUCUCCGAAGAAUAGAAGGAGGGCAAGGAUUGUUCCAAGAUAUACUGUUCAGGUCCCAAAAAUUUCACUGGAUCUAUCUGAAGGAGACGUUUUGGAAGUUCGUAGAAGAUACACAAAUUUAUACGUGCCCUCUGAUUUCUUCAAUACCAGAAUUCGCUGGGUGGACUCUUUUCCCCCAGAUAAACCUUUCGCUUUAACGAAGCCUUGCUCUUUCCACGUUAUGAACAAAGAAAUAGACCCCAUUAUUGAGAACACUGCCGUUCUUGAACCACCGGAUGCGGACUACCUCUUCUCGGCAAAAGUUAUGCUGAUGAGUGUGCCUGGUAUUGAUGAGAUUUACCAGAAAUGCUGCACACUGGCGGAGGUGAAUGAAGAUAAAGAUUUUCUUCAUCCCAAUAAACUUAUCAUGCAUCCAAGUAGGCUAAUAAAUUUCUUGGUGGGACUACGUGGUAAAAAUGAAACGAUGGCGAUCGGAGGGGCUUGGAGCCCGUCUCUUGAUGGGGAGAACCCAGACAGAGAUCCUUCAGUUUUGAUCAAAACUGCUAUAAGAACUUGCAAAGCAUUGACUGGGAUUGACCUGUCGAAUUGUACAAGAUGGUACCGUUUCGUGGAGCUGUAUUACCGCCGCAACGAGUCUACCCACAAGGGGAAAUCUAUACCAGCCCGUGUUGAAACGGUGGUGCUCUUUCUGCCAGAUGUGUGGAGUUGCCUGCCGACGCGCCUGGAGUGGGACGGCCUGCAGCAGUCCUACAGGAAGCAGCUGGAGCGUAUCCUGAAUGCAUCUUCAGAGAACGAGACUAACAACGAUGACUCCUCGAUAGCUGAUGAAAAGGAAGAAGAGCAGUCCACGGACAAACUGGAACCUACUCAUUACUCGCAAUUGGAUCCGAAAAACAUGGUCGUUAACGAACUGAGAGCCGAGCUGAGAGCCAGAAAUAUCAGCGAUAAAGGGUUGAAAUCCCAACUCGUUGCCCGGCUCACAAAGACUUUGAAGGUCGAGGCCGAGAAAACGGAAGAGAAUUCCAAGGAAACUAAAGAGGAUGAAGGGGAAGGAGGGGGUGGAGUGCAGGAGGAGAAGAAGGCGGAGGUUGAAGAAAAGAAACUUGAUGAACGGGAGAAAGCCCUCUUAGAAAAAAGGCACACCCUUCCUGAGCAGCCCCACAUAUUGGUACACCCUUCGAGGACUGCAAAGUCUGGAAAGUUCGAAUGUACAGUGAUGUCCUUGUCUCUUCUUUUAGACUAUAGACCGGAGGACACUAAAGAGCAUUCUUUCGAAGUGUCUCUGUUUGCAGAAUUGUUCAACGAAAUGCUCAUCAGGGAUUUCGGCUUCAACAUUUACAAGGCUCUGCACGAACUGCCAGAAAAGAAAGAAGAGAAGAAAGAAAAAGAUGAGAAAAAAGAUAAAGAGGACAAGAAAGACGAUAAGAAAGAUAAAGAUGAAAAGAAGGAUGAAGAGGAAGUAAAGAAGAAAGACGAAGUGGCGAAAGGAGAGGAGAAGAAGAAGGAUGAAGAAAAACCAAAUGAAGAAAAGAAAAAGAAAGAUGAGGAAGAUAAGAGAAAUGAGGACAAAAAGUCUGAUAAAGAUAAAAGAACUGGCGACAAGAGGGAUGAUGAUAAAAGGAAAUCUUCUAAUGCCAAAAGGGAUGACAAAGCAGUUGACGACAGUGACGACGACGAGGAAAGUGAAGAAGACGAUCGAAAAGACAAGAAAAGAGAUAAGGACCGGAAGAGAAAGGAGAAGGUGAAACUGUACACUAAGGAUAAACAUUUAUUGCUCUCUUUCGUCUACUUCGAUCAGACACAUUGUGGCUACAUUUUUGAUAAGGAUAUCGAAGAUCUUCUGUUCACUUUGGGUUUGAAACUGUCCAGAGCACAAGUUAAAAAACUAGUCAGUAAAGUAGUCGUGAGGGACACGCUUCACUACAGAAAAUUAACGGACAAGCCAAAAGAAGAAGAAUCGGUGUCAGUGGAAGAACCUGAGGAUACGGAGGCUUUGAGACAGUUGGCCCUAGGAAAUAAGAGCAUGCUACCAGUUCUCAAAAACGAGGAUGAAUCAAAAAUAUCCGCACAAGCAGAAUUACAAGAAGGUUUCGCCCAUUACCGUGGGUCUUUGGUGGACAUUGGUAAGCUCAUCUCUCAGCUCGAACGUAGUGAAAAGACGCGAAUAGAAACCGAAGCGAGGAUGGUCGACUUGAAACAUGAAAAUCAGAAGUUGUCAGAUAAAUACAGUAAAUCUAAUUCAACGAUAAAGCAUUUGAAUUCUGAGGUGAAGGACUAUAGGGAGCGGCUGAGAAAUACAGAGGAUUCGCUGCAUAAAGUCACUGCCCAUUCAAAAUUAUUCCAACAAACGCUUGUCGAUAUUCGCGACAAGAUCGAUCCAGUUCUCAAGAGCACGGCUCACAAAGAAGAUUCAAAAAAAGAAAAGGAGGAGAAGGAAAAAGAAAAGGACAGGGAUAAUAAGAAGUACGACGACGGCAAGUCCAGGUGGGAAAAGGAUAAGGACAAUGCCAAGAAGGAAGAAACGGCAGACGUUGAAAUGAGCGAAGUAAAAAAGGAAAAGGAGUGAUAUGAAUAGGGAACGUGUGAAUAUUUGGGUUUUUUAUAGGUUAGGCGGGAUAAUGUUAAACUUUAGUCAUAAAGUUGGAGUUUUGUCUGGAGCAAAUGUGCGUUUAGUUAUAAUUUAGAGUUAGGGUUUAUAGAUGGCAAGUGGCAUUGAAUAUUUUCAGUUUAGUGACUGUGUUCAUUAGACAGUGAACAAACAAAAAAAAAAUAAUUUUCCAAUAAACGUAUACAGUGUGGACAUAAAUCUGUUGUAUGUGACAAGAUAUCAAGGUCGAAUGAAGGCACCAUUUUUAGUACUUUGGAAUAAGCUAUCAACUUUUUAUUUUCAAAGUGGCUCUAUCAAAAAGUGUUUAGUUUUUUGAGAUCAGACAAGCCAUUUCUGGGUUAUUAUUUUUUAUAUUUUCUUUCUGAGAAACUUCAAAUAUAAUUUUGAUGAAAAUUUCAUUCAAACUCACUCCAAUUGGCGUAUUGGCGUGAAUUAUUCACGCCAAUACGCGUUCAAAAUUUUUACAGUUCACUAUCUAACACUAUUGCCCCCCGAAACAUUAUAGAAUGUGGUUAUAUAAUGUAUACUGUAUAUUUCAGGUUUGCCCCACAAAAAUCUAGGGGCAUCGAAGCAGGUAAUCUAGCGGGCCAUUCUAAUGAACCGUGUCUGUCCAUUAUUGUGUUUGGAUAAUUGUCAUCUAAUUACUCUCAAGCCAACUUAUCAUAUGUUACCUGAAAGGUAACAUAAGUUGAAAACUCGUUUGCAUAGACCUGAACUAUUUUCUCAUCAAUCAUAGCCUGAGAUGAUUUGUGCAUAUUAUAAUGUGGUUACCCAAAAAACCUGCUUAAACCUUUCCUGAAUAUUGUGGGUACAUGCGGUUGUAUAAUGUAUACCCUAUAGUUCUCGUUUCCCCCACAAAAAAUCUAGGGGAAUCGAAGCAGGUAAUUUAGCGUGCCAUUCUAAUGAACAACGUCUGCCCAUUAUUCUGUUUGGAUAAUUGUCAUCUAAUUACUCUCAAGCCAACUUGUUGUUUACCUGAAAGGUAACAUAAAUUGAAAACUCGUUUGCGUUGACCUGAACUACUAUCUCAUCGAUCAUAGCCGGAGAUGAUUUGCAUCAUUUUCAGCUUUAGGGAACCAUUUGAAUUUUCUUCCAAACAUAUUGGUACUGCAAUGUGGUUACCCAGAAAACCCGCCUAAACCUUUUGUGAAUAUUGUGGGUACCUGCGGUUGCAUAAUGUAUACCCUAUAGUUCUCGUUUCCCCCACAAAAAAUCCAGGGGCAUCGAAUCGGGUAAUCUAGUGGGCCAUUCUAAUAAACCAUGUCUGCACAAUAUUCUGUUUGGAUAAUUGUCAUCCAAUUACUGUUGAGCCAACUUGUCGUACUGAGGUGUACAUUACAUGAAAGUUAACCUAAAUUGAUAACUCGUUUGCAUUUGCAUCGACCUUGAACUACUAUCUCAUCAGUCAUAGACCUGAGAUGAUUGGCAUCAAAUUCAGCUUCAGAGAACCAGUUAAAUUUUCUUCCAAAAAUGUUGGUACUACAAUGUGGUUGCCCAGAAAACCCGUUAAAUCAAUUACCUCUCGUGAAUAUUGUGGGUACCCCUAAAAAAAAGUUUUUUUGAGUUAUUUUUGAUGGUACUGAAAUAUAAUACCACACAAUCAGCAGCUGCUACUUUCGAGAGUAACCUCAAUAGAUCUUAAAAUGUCAACUCAUUUUUUCUGCAAUAGGCUUUCUACUUGAUCCUUCCUGUAUGUAAUAAGUAAUUUUGACAAAUUGGGAAGCACUGGACUAUUGAAAGAAUAUUAAUACAGUUUUCACAUGAUGAGGUUAACAGACCAGUGACUUGAAUUUGAUUCAAUAAUAAUAAUAGUAAAGUUUGACUACAUAGACUCUAUAUAUUGAGAAUUUAUUACGAUAGAAAUUUCUCCAAGGUAUAAAGGAGUUCAUUCUAUAAAUAUUAUUUAAAUGUUUUUGGGGACCAAAAGUAGGCGGCUUCUUGCUUGAUAUUCGCAGAUAAGUUGUUGUACAAUGUAAUUCCAUUGAAGUUAGUAUCCUUUAGUGAUAUUUCGAGGUGUAAUGUCAUCGUGACAAAAAAUAUUGUCUCCAUUUUCUUGUAUACAGUUUCAAGAAAAUAUAUGCAGCAGAAUUUAAGUAUUUUAAGCCUUUCAAUAAGAGACUUUUUUUUAAUUUUAAUUUAUCAUUGCAAUAACGGUUUUGUGUAAAAUCAUUUGUUCACUGAAGAAUACAUUCCCCUCAGUAGUAAACAAGUAACUUUUUUGAAAUACUUAUUUUGAAAAGGUUUGAUAUUUAAAUGUUUCUAUCGUACUACCAAUUUUCCUUCAAUGUUUUACCUAAAUUUCCACUUCAGCAUUAGCUUUCUCAGGAAAUACUGUUUUAUUCCAUGAAUGAAUUGAAAUUGUUUCUGAAACGCCCCAAAAUGCAGAUAUUAUGCACUUGUGCCAAUCCUCCAAACACUUCUCCAACUCCUCCUUUGGGAUAGCCUUCAGUCCUUUCAGCAAUGCUGUGGUUGUGAAGUGACGGCAUUCUAUUUUUCUCUUCAUUUUAGUGAAUAGGAAAAAGUCACACGAACCCGUAUCUGGCGAAUAUGGAGGCUGGAGCAUCGUUACAGAACAUGAGCAGUGAAAUGUGACUAGGUGCACUAGCGGAUUGCUUCACGCAAAUCAUCAGCGACUUCUCUGAUUGUGAUUUAUAUAUAACCAUUUCUCUCUCCGUUCCAUCGGCUGUUGGUGCAUUUUUAAUGCAAAAUUUGAUUUGCCAAAAGAAAAUCGCCGAGCUCUUAAAAAUAUGUCUUGACUUAGCGAUAUGAAAGCCAACAUAAUUGAUAAAAAUGUUAACAAUUGAACUCUCCAAAUCCGUGAAAUUUUAAAUUUCCACUAUUUUCUUAACGUUUCUCGUAUUCGUUUUUUUUUUUUCUUAAACAGGCUUCAUUUUUGUUGGGAACUGGAGGGUGAGUGAACAUUUUGAACUAUUGGAAAAACCUGGAAUGAAUUUUCAACACAAUUUGUAUUGAAAUUAUGAAGUUUAUCAUUUACUUGAAGAUUCUUGAAAGAAUAUAUGAAAUUUACUAAUUAUUCAUGAAUUACUGGUCCAAUUUCGAAAAAUAAACCAGUGUUGGAUAAAGUAUUGAAAAGGCCUAUCAAACUAGGUAUGACAAGAGCCUUCGUUAUUCAAAAAAAAUGCAGUUAGCAUUCAGUCUUCAACAAGUGUCGGUCUGAUCUUGAAACCGAGCCUCGUUCGAAUGGUUAGAGGAGGGGACUUUUACGUCUGCAUUCUGUAUCUGGGCGUGAAGGAAACGAAUAACUUGAUAGUUUCAUUUCGAUUAAUUUUUUGUUUUUAUGGGGAAUAUUCAAGGCAUGUUUCAAUAACAUGUUUUAGUUAGAGGGUGUUAACACACGUUGCAUACAGUAAAUCUGUUUGUCUCUUUUAUGAGGUAUGUUAAGUAGGGUUUAUAAGGAUUAUAAUGAUAAAGUAAUUGGACAGGUAAGACAGUUUUUGGAUUAUAACUUGAAUUGCACGUUUUAUGAAGUUAAGUUACAAUGCAGAGUUUGUAACUCCCCAGCAAUAUAUAUUACAUAAAAAAA